AUGUCAUCUUCCGAGGGCCCCAAGAGACAUAUUGCUUGUGGGUGUUGUAGACGUCGUAAAUUGAAAUGCGACGGCAAACGCCCCACUUGCUCAACGUGCCAGCGUCUGCAUCAAGUGUGCGAGUAUCCCGAAGUCGUGAGGAAAGCUGGACCAAAGCGUGGCUAUGUGCGAAGCUUGGAGUGCCGCAUAACUCAGCUUGAAAAGUUGCUAUCUGAUUAUUGCAUUGACCCCAGCGAAAAGCCCCAGGACUCAAGCAAUGCAGUGUCGAUGAAUCUUGACGAGCCUAUGCCGCCCCCCGAAUUGGUCAACCAGCUCACGCAAAUCUUUUUCUCGACCUUCAAUAUAAUGAUCCCUAUUGUUGAUAAAACACGCUACUUGUCGCUCAUGGCACAACCUCCUGAUAAACAGCCGCGGCCCUUUCUGCAAUACGCGAUUAUGGCCACCGCCGCUGCAAUAGUUCCCCGAUUUCGCCGUCUCAAGACAAUCUUGUAUUCCCGCGCCCGCAAGUACCUUCACAAGGCUGAAAACUUCCGACGUCUUAAUGGUGCAGCGUCUGUAGGCUUUGUUCAAGCAAUCUGUCUCAUUGCUCAUUUAGAGUGCCGUGAGGGACUGUUGCCCCAAGCCUGGAUAUCUGUGGGGAAAGCUCACCGUGCACUUUCUAUGUUACUUUUGGGCUAUAUCGACGGUGCCACCUACAAUGACCAGAUCGUCUUGGACAAUGUGGAAACCGCAGAGCUGCGGAGGGCGUUCUGGUUUGUGUUUCUGUGCGACCGCUUGGGCUCGUUGGCCACCACUAUUAAUGGCAGUAUCGAUCUCCAUGAGGUUGUUACCCGGGUACCGAUGGAUGAUGAUGCCUUUUUGGCCGGAAACUAUGCUUCGGACACUUGCCGCAUUGAAGACCUCAUGCGGGAGCCGGCCCUAUUCUCCCGGUACCCCAACGCACGGCUCGCUUACUUUGUCACCUUGUGCGAAUGUAGUUACCAAGCCCUUGAGCUUGGACGAUUCCCGCGAAAGCAAUUUAUCAAUGCUCCAAAGGAGUGGUUGAAUGAGUAUCAGAAAGUCGAUAAUUGCUUGGUUGCUCUUCGCACCCACAUACCAGUCAUCCCGUCCAUCCCAACCCCGGUGGAAGACGAAUCUAAUACACAGGCGUUUGAAAGGUACCAGGAGGAAAAAUGGCGCCGAAUUUCCUAUGUUCUUAUCAAUGUCCUUGGUCAAGCGGGUAUGCUAGGUAUCUGCCGAACGGGCCUAUAUGGCAUUCAGGCCAUGCCAGUUCUUUUACCUUUGAUGUACCCCGCUAAACUUUUGCAGAAAGCGAUGAUGGCGAUGCUUGAAAUUCUUCUCGUGACCAGAAACCCUCAUGAUCUUAGUGUCAUCUCGGCUCACCCUCUUCACCCGAUUUGCUUGUUUGUGGUCAGUGUUUUGAUUAUGGCUCUUGCGGACUACGAACUCGUUGCGCUUCAGAACUUCCAGGCGCCUCUGGCAUACAUGGUUGAGACAUUGCGUCAACUCAAAGAUGACAUGCCUCUUUCUGUCAUGCUCACAGCCUUUUUGAUCAACGCCAUGACCCCUCAGAAGGACGAUACAGUCAAGCGUGUCGAGGAGGUACUUGUUGCUCGUCGGGUUAAUCUCACGCUGCCGAACUUUUUUGAAAAAUGGGCUGAUAAAGACGAUUCAGGCGACGAAGGAACCGAUCUAGAUCCUGGCGAGGGGUCUCCUUCCUUUGUGGAUGAAAACCCUCCCAGUGUCACGAGCUCAACCUUAUCGCCCGUGGCUACUUACAGCAGUGGGGUGACGCCUUCUCGGAUCCCUAAUGCGCGAAAGACUCCCUCGGCAGACUCCCCGAACUCUGUGUCACCUGUUGACGUGAGCUCCGGGAUUCCCAUCAAAUCAGAGACUAUGCUGAGCAUGGACUUUGCCUCUGCUCUGGAGAUGUCCCGGGUUUUGGAUGAGAGAGAGCUGGUCAAUGAAGAAACCCGCCAAACCAUUGCGCCACCCGGCGACAACGGCUACCGGUUCGGUAUUGGCGCUGAAUCGGGUCAAACCGAGGAGUCUCGUGCGAGACCAAACGGCGGCACCAGGGACCCUGCCAUCAGCUCCCACCACCAUGCUGCCAUCCACUACGGUCAUAUUUAUCCCACCGGCAAUUCGUUCGGUGGUGUUGAACCAGGUACUUUUGACGACCCGCCGGAUAUUUUCCCCGAGAGCAUCGAUCUCACCAUGGAAGACACACUUUUCUCUGACCAAAUUUCCAAGGGACUGGGAGGAUUCGAAGAAGCAGACCCGCAUUGGUUCGACCACUCCCCCGGAUCGUAUCAGCAUGUAGGCUGGCAAUAA